AUGCGCCUCUUCGUGGGGAAUCUCCAGUCGGAUAAAGUCGACUGGAUGGCUCGUCCCUUAGGCCGCGGCGCCGAGAGCCCCAGCGCUCCCACGGCAGCCUCCGUCAGCAGCGGUUACCGAACUUCAGACCCGGGCUCUGUCACCGAGCUGAUGGGCCCCCAGCCGCGGGGCCCCGAGACCUCCGACAGCCCACCCACGAGUGACACGGGUGCUGUGGUUCACCGGGAGGAGCAAGGAGAAAGGAGAAUAGCCGCCUUCAGGUAUACAGGCAUCGGUAAACAGCUCGGCUCCCGGUACCAGCAGGAGGGAUACGGCUCACCUGGGCACAAACAACCACACACGGAAAGAUGUCUGCAGGAAGACUGA